AUGAGCGAUAUUGGUGGUCGAGUUCCCACUGAUUCUAAAGCAAAAACAUCAUCGCCACAUGCAAGGCAUGUAUGUUCAUUUUGUCAACGAUGUUUUCCAACCUUGCAAGCCUUAGGAGGUCAUCAGACUGCUCAUCGCAAGGAGAUAGAGGUGAUGAGGCGUGAACACAAGGCUAUUGUGGAGUCAGAAAAGGUCGAUAGUACUGGGCCUGCGCUUGUGACGUUGGAUUUGCUCGAUCGUUGUGAAGGUAAGGCUUCUCCUAGCUCAGGUUUUGAUCAAGUUCAAGAUGAGGACAAUGGCGGUUUGAACCUUGAUCUCACCCUGAAGCUAUAA